AUGAAGGCUUCCAAUAGCUUCCUCAUACUCUCCCUCUUCCCUCUGCUUGCUAGUAUAGCCCACGGGUGGGAUUUGUCACCUACUUUUUACGAUAACAGCUGCCCGGAGGUAUACGACAUUGUGCAGAAGGCAAUGGACCAGGCCAUCGGGAAGGAGCCAAGGAUGGGCGCUUCCAUCCUUCGCAUGCACUUCCAUGACUGCUUUGUAAAUGGAUGCGAUGCUUCUCUUCUCCUGGAUGAUACACCGACAUUCACAGGCGAGAAGAGUGCAUCUCCCAAUUUAUCUAUUCGUGGCUAUGAACUCAUCGACGACAUCAAAUCUCAAGUUGAACAAGCAUGCAAGGCCACCGUAUCGUGUGCCGAUAUCUUAGCCCUCGCAGCACGUGAUGGUGUCGGCUUGCUUGGUGGACCAAACUGGACGGUGGAUCUGGGCCGCCGAGAUUCGAGAACAGUAAUUCAACAACAGAUCAGCAGCCUGCCUCCCCCCACGGCCAACCUUUCCACCCUCAUCACCAUGUUUGCAGCCAAAAAUCUCAGUCCUCAGGAUAUGACGGCACUCUCUGGGGCGCAUACUAUCGGCUUAGGCCAAUGCAAGAACUUUCGUGAUCAUAUCUACAGUGAUACCGACGUCGACCCUUUUUUUGCCGCCAUGCGACAGCAGAGCUGCCCAUCGUCUGGUGGCGACGGCAACUUGGCUCCUAUUGAUGACCAGAGCGAGAAUAGCUUUGACAACAGUUACUUCAAGAACCUUGUGGUUAAGCAUAGCCUGUUUCACUCAGACCAGGAGCUCUUCAAUGGCGGUUCCCAAGAUUUGUUGGUCUGGCAAUACAGCAAUGACCCCACAGGUUUCUUCAAUGACUUCAUCAUUGCCAUGGUGAAGAUGGGGGACCUCGUGCCGAUGGAUGAAACUAACACAGAGAUCAGAUCGAACUGUAGGAAUGUGAAUUGAUGAGGAUUUCUGGAUCGAGAGUAUAUUAAAAUGUAACAAAAUAAAUUAUUAUGAGAAACUUUAUUUUGUUCUUAUAU